AUGGACCCGUGCAGGCCUCGGCCAUCGGUCAUCGUUGCUGCAGGCCGACUGAUUUGGUGGAUUAUUAUUAUUGUACGCCAUCAAGCCGGAGCGUUACGUCUCAUCUCGACGGUAAAUUCUGCAGCAUUCGCUCGUCCGGCGUGGCAUGAUCCUUCGCUUCGCCUCGCUUACAGCCUUCAGCCUACAGCCUUCAGCCUACAGCCUACAGCCUACAGCCUACAGCCUACAGCCUACAGGCUCCGGGCUCCAGGCUCCAGAAAGCAAAGCGGCACAAUCGCCGGCGCAGGCGCCACCAAUCCCAAAGUCGCGUCGAAAGCCUCCGAUGGUGGCUUUUUGCAGCUCCCAGCCAAGUCACGCAAACUAGGAUCACUGCCUGUCCUGCGCAGCAGCUAG